GGCUGCUGCGCAACAUAGGGCGGAGAGGUAUAGCGCUGCUGUGAUACGGCUCUAUAUAUAUACACGGACGGGACCACCUUCCCUUUAAAGACACCCUCCUUCUUACUUUGCUUUCUUUCAGUCAGUGAUGUCGCUUGUUUUGGUAGCCAACCUAUAGAGGCAGAAGUCGCUUCUUUUAGAUUUUCAGUCCUUUUAUUUAUUCGGUUUUGUUAUGUGUUGUUAAUUUAUAUGUACGUGUGUCCCAUUUGUUUUUAUUUUUAAUAAAUAUUUUAUUUAAUGAAUCGUGUUGAUUUGUGUUCGAAUUUUUAUCCAAGUAAUUUUGCUUUUUUUAUGCUGCUUAUUAUUUGAUUGUGUAUCUGUUGAAAGAGUGCUAUAUUUGGCUAACACUAAGGACAUCCUUAACUUUCAUUAGAGACGACGUCAACUAACAUGGCAGUCAGACUGUGCGAUGUGGCCUCUCUGCUUAGAAGUGGUUCGUGGGCAGCUGAGCCGUGGACUGGGCAGGUUAUUGCUGCCAUGGAAACACAGCUGUCCAAUGGCCAGACUUGUAACAACACGACCAACGGUCCCACCACAGUGUCAAACAACUGCUCCUCCCCUGUAGAAUCAGGAAACUUGGAUGACAGUAAAACUAACCUGAUAGUCAACUAUUUGCCUCAGAAUAUGACCCAGGAGGAGCUGAAGAGCCUGUUUGGUAGCAUUGGAGAAAUCGAAUCCUGUAAGUUAGUACGAGACAAAAUAACAGGACAAAGCUUGGGUUAUGGAUUCGUGAAUUACAUGGACCCAAAGGAUGCAGAAAAGGCCAUUAACACGUUAAAUGGCUUGAGACUUCAGACCAAGACGAUCAAGGUUUCCUACGCCCGUCCGAGCUCUGCCUCCAUCAGGGAUGCAAAUCUGUACGUCAGCGGGCUGCCAAAAACCAUGACUCAGAAAGAGCUGGAACAGCUCUUCUCCCAGUAUGGACGCAUCAUUACCUCCCGCAUUCUGGUGGACCAAGUUACUGGCGUUUCCAGAGGCGUUGGAUUCAUCCGCUUCGACCGGAGGGCGGAAGCAGAGGAAGCCAUCAAGGGCCUGAAUGGCCAGAAGCCGCCUGGGGCCACCGAGCCCAUAACGGUGAAGUUCGCCAACAACCCCAGCCAGAAGACGAGCCAGGCCCUGCUCUCGCAGCUGUACCAGUCCCCCAGCCGGAGGUACCCCGGGCCCCUGGCACAACAGGCUCAGCGAUUCCGGUUGGACAAUCUUCUGAACAUGGCUUAUGGCGUAAAAAGCAGGUUCUCUCCGAUGGCCAUUGAUGGGGUCACCAGCCUGGCCGGCAUCAAUAUCCCAGGCCACGCAGGGGCGGGCUGGUGUAUCUUUGUUUACAACCUGGCCCCGGACGCGGACGAGAGCAUCCUGUGGCAGAUGUUCGGACCGUUCGGCGCGGUGACCAACGUGAAGGUCAUCCGCGACUUCAACACCAACAAGUGCAAGGGCUUCGGAUUCGUCUCCAUGACAAACUAUGACGAGGCGGCCAUGGCCAUCGCCAGCCUUAACGGAUAUCGCUUGGGGGACAGAGUGCUGCAGGUCUCCUUUAAGACUAACAAAACGCACAAAGCUUGAUGUCUUUGCAAAAUGCUACGAGCGAAAGGGGGGAAUUUAUACAGCAAAGGUCUCUUUUUAUGUCAUUUAAGUUAAAGAAUCGAUGUUUAGUGUCCAGUGUUCUUUAUCUCUUUUGAGUUGAGCAAAUAGCAGGCUAUUUAUUUUUAACUUGUCAUGUUGCUUUCAAAUGUUUAAAGAAGGGACUUUCUUUUCUCUAGUCUUUGUUUUUGGGUUCCCCCCCAAAAGUCCUUGUAAGACAUAUGGUGACUUUUCUUCUCCUCUCCUUUGUCCGUUUGUCUUGGGCGCGUUUUGCCUCUGAGAAGUAGAGUGACUAAUCACUACCGUUUAGCGUAUCUUUCUUUAACAGCUAACUGCUUCGUCGAGUUAUUAGUUGGAUUAUCGGUUGGCCACAUAUCGUUGCUUAUUGUAUAACUACAGGAGACACUUUUUUCUUAAAGCAGUACCUUGCCAAAGAGCUAGGAACCUCUUUGAUGUGGGUUUAAAGAAGCAUCUAUUUUUAUAAAAAGAACAAUUUGGAGAAACUUUUUACUGGACCUGGAACAAAUAUUUUGACAUGGAUACUUUGAGAAAUAUCUUCAUAUAACACAUUGCAAGCUUUGGAGCUUCACUAGAAACUUUACUGUGGUUGACAUUUCUGGAGAGCGUUAUGAUCUAAAAGGUACCUUUUUUGAGAUCUUUCUCCUGACAUUCUGAAAUUUAAUGGAUGUUGGUUAAUUGGUGUCAGUUUAAUUUCUAUGGGUCAUCUUGGUUGUUAUGUGGCACGCGGCUCACAUUCGAACACGAGGCCCAAGUCUCUCCAGAAGCUCAUAUUACCAGAGGAGGGAAAAUUAAAAAAAAAAAUAAAAAAUAAAAAAAUGAGGCUCGAGGGGUUUAAAAACAAAUUCAGUUCUUCCGAUGGAAUUCAGAGAAGCUCAGUGUUGAAUGAUGUACUUUCUGUUACGGUUUGUUUUUCUAUUUAAAAAAAAAAUAUAUAUACAAAAAAGGUUUUUACUUGGUUUGAACAAGACAGCAGAAGAGACAUUUUUGGAGGUUUAAAGAAUUAAGUUUGAAGGGUUGUUGUUAUUGACCUAUGUAAAUAUGUCCUACUUAAUAUUUAUUUCAGUAACUUUACAGGAGUGAUUUUGUUUACUUUGAUCCUGUGAGUCUUGAUUUAUUCUGAAUGUUGCCUUAUUUGGUUUUCUUGUUUACACUUGAGUUGACGUACUUGACUUGUCCAAAGGACUGACGUAAUUUUUUUGUUUGUUUGUUUAUGGUUGGUGGUUUUUUUUUCCUCCUGCUAUAAUAAAUAGAUUUAAUUUACAUAUAGAUAAUAUAUAUGUGUAUAUAAGCUGCAGUUCUGAAUAUAUGUUAAUACAUAGAGAAAAUGCAUAAAGCAGUCAUCUAUGAAAGGUUAGGCAUAUCGCUUUAUUUACUGUUGGGGGGGGGGGGGGAUCCAACAUCGUAGCUCUGAAAAGGACAACAUGACGCACACCUAAUUUCACGCUCGACAUAUACAUCAACGACCCCCCCCCCCCCCCCUUACUCGAUGCAGUCAUUUCUUCUCGUCGUUUGGGUUUUAGGUACAGGAAUUACAAAUGGGAUUUGCCAGUAAAUUUCACCCCCCCUCCCCUCAGUUCGGACUCCAUCACAACAGUGUCUCUCUACCAUUCCUUCCCCACAGAUCAGUAUCGGCACUGAAGGGGACGUCUAGCAGGUCUACCUGCUAGUCAGUCUCUCAAACUCUGCUUAUUUAAGGUUGUACAGUACGACUCUGUCAAAAGCUGUUGGAAUAGAGCAUAUCUUUUUAGUAUUUAAAGGGAUGUACGUGUUUACUUUUGUGUUUGGACGCAUUGUACUUUUUUUCCAUGUUCAGUUCACCAAUAAAUGAGUUGAAGGGAAA